CCGGCUGUUGUGCGGGAAGCUCGAGCAGGAAGUUUUUCGCAGUCGUCUCGAGGCUCCUCGGAGGCCACAGACGGAGGAUGUGGCGGUGGUGGCAAGACGUCUCAACCGCCACCGCCGCCGCCUCUGGCGCCCAGAUGGCGGCGUGCCAUCUCUGAAGACCCGGGUUGUUGUCGGACCGAGUCUCCGCGUCUGGCGUCCGUGCUCGCUGCCAACAAAAAAUUCAAGCCUAAGAAUAUUGAAAUAUUUUUGAUUGAGUACCGGUACUCGAAAAACGGUGUGAUGUUUUCCUGUGUAUUGGCAUUGAUCCCGGCUGCAGUUCGGGUCGCUGGGGCCGGUUUAAGCAUGACGGACGUGCACCUGGACCAACUCUGGCCCGGGCUAGACCGGUUUGCCGACUUGCGUUUCAUUGCCUCGUCUUCUUCUUUGGUCGGGUCUUGGGCGCUGGCGAAUAGUCCCGUAGUGAUGUUGAUGUGCUUGAGGUUCAUCUUGGCGUUUCUCACCUUCUUCCUGUUGUCCGUGGCCGAGAGAACCUUUAAAAGAAGAUACAUGUUGGCGAAGAUGUUUCAUUGCUUGACUUCGGCGAGGCGAGCGAAACGCUGGGAUCUGCCUCAUUUCAGACUCAGCAAAGUGCGCAAUAUCAAGACCUGGUUGUCUGUGAGAGGCACGGGCCACAGCGGUCAGUGGAUGUGAUUGUGUCGGCGGCAUUUGUGGCGACCUUGGCCCUGAUGACCGGCAUUUGCGUGGACAUGCUGCGAGCGCAGUCGGAGAAGCCGUCGUCUUCGUCGUCGUCGUCGAUUGACGAGAACGAGGACGAUCACGGCGGCGGCGGCGGUGGCGGCAGUAGUGAAGAAGAAGCCAUGUCUUCGUUGCUGCUUUUGCCGGCCGCCUCUGUGUCGGCGUACACGGACGCCGUUGUGAUGUGUCUCGCCUUCGCCGUUUUCCUGCUCCGGUUCAUGACGCUGGGCGUGAAAAUCAAUUCCAAGUACCGCGACAUUUCCGUGCUCAUCACGGAGCAGAUCAAUUUGUACCUGCGCAUGGAGCAGAAGCCGCACAAGAAGGACCAGUUGAUUUUGGCCAAUAAUGUGCUCAAGCUGGCUGCGGAUCUGAUUAAGGUG